AACAGUUCUUCAGCUGAACCCGAACCGUCCGGAGGAAUAAAAUAAACCCAGGCCCUACAAACUGAGUGUAACUUAAGGCAGCAGCGAUGUCGGGCUCCUACGACGACUCCAUGAUCGAUGUCUCCAGUGAUAGCUUCUGGGAGGUCGGCAACUACAAGCGAACAGUGAGGCGGGUAGACGAUGGCAACCGGCUCUGUAAUGACCUGAUGAACUGUCUCCAUGAGCGGGCACGUAUUGAAAAGUCGUACGCACAGCAGCUCUCAGAAUGGGGCAAACGUUGGCGGCAACUCGUAGAUAAAGGUCCUCAGUAUGGUACAUUGGAGCGGGCUUGGUCAGCUCUGUGCACGGAGGCGGAGAAGGUGAGCGAGCUCCACAUGGAGGUGAAAGCAGCGCUGAUGGGAGAAGACUACGAGAAACUGAAGAACUGGCAGCGAGACUCUUACCACAAACAGAUGAUUGGCGGCUUUAAAGAGAGUAAAGAGGCUGAGGACGGCUUCCGCAAGGCUCAGAAACCCUGGGCCAAGAAACUCAAAGAGGUGGAGACGAUGAAGAAAACUUAUCAUUCCGCCUGCAAAGAGGAGAAGCUGGCGGCCAGCAGGGAGACAAACAGCAAACUAGAGAGCAACAACAACCCUGAAGCGCAGAAGAAGCUCCAGGAGAAGGUGGAGAAGUGUCAGCAGGAGGUGCAGAAGACUAAAGAACGCUAUGAUAAAUCCCUUGAAGAGCUGGACAAGGUGACCCCUCAGUACAUGGAGAACAUGGAGCAGGUGUUUGAGCAGUGGCAGCAGUUUGAAGACAAACGCAUCAGCUUCUUCAGAGAGUUGCUGCUGGAGGUUAAACAGCACCUGGACCUCUCAACCAAUCACAAAUUCCAGACGAUCUACCAGACGAUGGAAGACACAAUCUCAGCCACUGACGCUGAAGAGGACUUGAAAUGGUUCCGGUCCAAUCACGGCCCCGCCAUGCCAAUGAACUGGCCCCAGUUUGAGGACUGGUCCAUAGACCUGAACAGAACACUCAGCAGGCGAGAAAAGAAGAAGCCAUCGGAAGGCGUCACGCUGACCGGCAUCAGUCAAACUGGAUCAGACCAGCUUGUUCAGUCUGUCAAGACCAGCAGCAGCCUGACUGUGCCCACUAAAACAGCAGCAGUGGGCUCGAACCCCUUCGACGAGGAGGAGGAGGAGGUGGAGGAGGAGGAGGAAAUGGCUGUGGAGCAGGAGACCACAGUCAACCACAUCAGUGUGGAGAAAGAGGAAAUAAAAACUGUGAGCAGCAUGGAGAAGACUCCAGACUGGUCAGAUGAGGACACAGGAAGUAACCCAUUCUCCGCCAAUGGUGAAGGGAACCCGUUCGAGGAAGAGUCAGCUUCUCCGCUAUCUGUGGCUGUCAGAGCCCUCUACGACUAUGAAGGGCAGGAGCAGGACGAGCUCAGCUUCCAAGCAGGGGAUGAAUUAACCAAAAUUGGCGAUGAAGACGAUCAGGGUUGGUGCAAAGGCCAACUCAAGGGCGGAAAAACGGGCCUAUAUCCUGCUAACUACGUGGAGGCCAUCCAGUAGUGGAUUGUCACAGAGGAAAAACGAAUGUGAAGAAAGUGGUUUGUUAAGAAAUGACUGUGCGGCUGGAAAAGGCUCGGCCUGAAUUUUUCACCCCUUCGCUCCCUGUUGAUGGAGACUGGACCGGCGUGGGAGAAGGACGGAGAGGAUGCGGAUUAUAACAGGACCACUUGACAUAUUUUUGCUUUGACCCGUCGUAGAAAAGUGCUAAGGUGGAGAUUAACCUCCAGUUUCCAGAUGUUGCCAGGCGAGGAAGAAAACGAAAUUGCUGUCAGCGUAAAAAUAUGUUACUUAAAAUCCCAUUUAUGCUGUUACAAAAAUAAUAGGUAUUCUAGUAAAUAUAUAUAUAUAUUAGAUAAAACUCAAUGAACUUUAUGUGUGAAUCUAUAUAUUGUUUUAAUGAAACACUGGGAUGACUCCGACAAAUCGUUUUGCGAUGUUAGCCAUGCAGACUUUAUAUGCAAGCCACUGUGGAUUCAUUAAGGGAGACGACCCUUUUUAUAAAUUUGAUUAACCAUUUCUGUUAAUAAAAGUCCAUUUCAUAAAUAUUUCAAGAAACUUUUGCAGAAAAAAAAGCCCUUAUAUCGAGUAUUGCGUCAGAUUUAACUUGCAUUGUUCUGUCGUUCCUUUCAGGGGUUUUUGUUUGACUGUUCGGGUUGUUUUUUUUAUAAGGAAUGAUAACGACAUAAUCCUCACAUAGUCCUCAUUUAGCUCAGUGGGCCGGUUUUCCUCGAGUCACUGCGAAUGAAUGUAUAUUCACUGAUUGUAUUUCUUCACCUGUCCAUCAUUCACUAUCGCUGAUGCUGGGUUUUUUCGCCAUCACUCACACCUCGAACAACUAUCCACCCAAACAUCUCCUUUCUGUCGCAGACUGUAAUGCUAUACGUUUUAUUUCCACUCGACACUGAAAGAUUUUCGCACUUGAAUCUCCCAUGUUUUAGUUCUCUCACUUCUUGUUAAAUACAGUUAUGGGAGAGUUUUAGUGUUUUUUUGUUUGACAAUAUAUUACAAGUUAUAGCAAUAAAACCACAGGCGAGUGUGGUUUUCCAUACGUGCAUGUAAAUAGCCUGGAUUAAACAAACCUUACGUCAACAUCAGAUGAAAUGUAGUUGGAAAUUGAUGAUUGUUAAUUUAUGAUGCCACAAGUGCUUUUUUGUUCUACUCUUGUUAAAAUGCUGUGACUGAGAAUCAGUUUGUACGUUAAUUGAAUGUCUAAUGGAAAAAUAUCCCUUGAAUUUGUCAUUUUGUUAUGUUUGUAAAUAUGACUCUUAUUUUCCCCCCCCCUUCGUAGAGAGGGCUAUAUUCACGGAGUAAAUCGACAAAUACUUUGUGAAUAAUUGUUGAUUUUUUGUCUAAGGAGCUAUGACAUGAAUGGACGUGCCUGAUUUCAUAACCUUAAUACAUGUUUGGAUUAAGUAGUUCUGUCUGCUUGAGUUUUUUUGUAGAGCUGAACUUCAGGCGAGAAACCUCUUGUGCAAGCUCGAAAUUCAUUAACUGCCUAUUGUUCUGAUGAAAUCACUGAAAUAUGCUAUUUGAUGCCCUCAACUGCAGCACAAGAGGAAGAUGAUUAUUUUUUGUCUUUAAUAAUAAAGAGAAAGGAGACGUUUUCCGCGUUUUCAGGGCGUGCUGUCGUCAACACGCAACAGCUGUACUUGCACAGUAAGGUUUGUAAAAAUGUUGUUCCACAACAUAAUAAAUGAAUUUAUUGGAAAGAAAAUA